AAUGUAGAAAAAGGACAGGUGGGAGGUGGGGGGUCGGGUAGAGGACAAUUGGAUCAGUGAUUACUGAAAAGGUCGAUUCUCGAUUUCACCCCUCCUUGGCACCAAGAACAGUUUCUCAAUCGCCCGCCUUUAAAUUCGCUUGAGAAACAGUUGAAAUUUGGUCUUUGGAAGUCCAAAUCAAGUCCAAGCCUUUCAAUCAUCGUCUCCAUCACUCAUUUGUUUCUUUCGUCUUUGAUUCGAAUUCAACCAUUAAAGUUGGUUUCCAUUGCAUUUCCGGUCAUUUUCUCAACUUCUCCGGCGCUGGAGUGCUGGACUGGUACUUUUCCGACGGAAUUUGUGUUCUGGUCUUUGAGGCUUUCUUACUGGAGAUUUUCUACGGGGAUAGGAGUAAAGGAUUAUAAUUUAACAGCUAUUACAGUCCGAUGUUUGUCGAUUUCAGUUGCUUGUGGUUUCUUCUACAUGGAAGCACCAGUUGCAGUAGAGGAAUAUGUUGAAUACCGGAUUGAGGAGAGUUCUGGUGGAAAUACUAGCUCUCCAUCUUCACUGAACCAGAUUGCAGACCCUGUUGUUUAUAAACUCGUUCGGGUAGAAGGUGAUGGAAGAUUAGUCCCCGCUACAGAUGAUGAAGUCAUGGAGGUUGAGGACCUGCUUGAAGAUGUGAAAGGUGAUCUGCCUUCAGUUGUAGACACUGGACAAGCUGAAGAACCCCAUUGUAAUGGGGGAAUUACCACUGUGGAGACUAAAUUAGACGGUUCAGAAGGUUUUGCACAAUCUGAGAAGAAAGAAAUCAAUGCGGAAAAAUUGAAUACUCGACUGGAGUAUAUUGGUGUGAUGUUGCAAAAGGUUAAACAGGAGGAGAAGCUCCGUAUAUCAUGUGAAUCUCCUGACAGUUCUUCUGAUCACAUGAAUCUAGGUGGCAAGUGUUCUGAUCAGCAUGAGAAGUUACCAACUAGUGAUGAGAAACUUCAAUCUGAAAACAAAUUGCUGGAAACUUUGCCUUUACCAUCAACCGGCUCAAAUAACAGUGAUGCUAAUGAAUCAAGCAGCGUGGAAACGUGCUUAAAACCUAAAGAUGGUCCAAUAAAUAGUGGAUCUUCAGCUUGUGCCAUCUCCACUGGUUUGAAGACUGAUUUUACUAGAUUGAAGGGGGAAAUAUGUUUGGACAAUCGCACAACUAGAGAACUUCAUGAGAUCUUCAAAGCAACAUUUGGGAGAGAAACUUCUGUCAAGGACAAGUUGUGGCUUAAGAGGCGGAUUGCUAUGGGAUUAACUAAUUCUUGUGUUGUUUCAACUACAGCAUUUAUAAAUAGUGAGAAAACCUUGGUCAAGAAAGUUGAAGAAGAAAGUAGGAAGGAUGCAGAUUGCACUCUGUACACGGGACAAGAUAUCAUAAAAGAUAACCUGAAAGAGUCACCAAGCAGUCCAACUAACCAAAUUGAAGAUAUGAAGCUUGUAUCUGGCAAAAUAUUGAGAAAACCAAAUAUUGAAUAUGAUGAUAAAAUUGAAGGUAAUAACCAAACAGAAGAGAGAGCGGUCAAGAGAGUUCGAAAGCCCACUAGACGAUACAUUGAAGAGUUUUCAGAGAUUUUGGUAUCUUCCACUAAAAAAUCUAGACAUUGUCAAGACUCGCCAAUUUCUCAUGUCAGGAAUGCUUGCAAUGUGCGUUCCAAGAGGACAACGUUUGUCACUAGGGAGGACUCUCUUGGAGGGUCUGGUGUUCAGGUCCCCUAUGUUUCUAGGGUGCGAAGAGGGCGUCCCAGGAAAAACUUCAUGGCUCUUAUGAAAUUCCAUCCUAGUGGCAUGGGGGUGGCAGCAAAACUGGUGAAGAAAGCCCUUGGUGUUCGUAUGUCUCUGCCAGAUGAUGAUAGUGCAAACAAAAUCUGGAGAAGUGGUUCUAAUCUUAAACGAAUGCAGCAACCAUUCAUUGUUGAUUCAAACAAUGAAAGGAGGCCUGUGGUAAUAAGCACAGUUGAGCAGCGGAGGGAUGUGGAGCAGGAAAACUUAGAUCCAUAUGGAAGUAAUUCAGAUGAUAAUAUAGCUACAGUAUCAACUGCAAAAGGUAAACCUAGAAGAAAGCAUCAUCGCGCAUGGACUCUUUCCGAGGUUAUGAAGCUGGUUGAGGGGGUAUCUAGGUAUGGAGCUGGAAGGUGGUCUAAGAUCAAACGGAUUUCCUUUGCAUCCCAUACCUACCGCACUUCUGUUGAUCUGAAGGAUAAGUGGAGGAACCUUCUGAGAGCUAGUUUUGCAGAGUCAACUAGUGACAAAGGGGUAAGGAGGUCUCUCUCUGUUUUUAUCUCGACUAAGAAGUACAUAGCACAAAACCGGCAGGUGCGGUGAAGACAAAUUGACCACCAGAUCCGGUAGUAGGCUACAAUUUUUAGUCUGUGUUCUAUAGCAUCAUGUGGUCGAAGACUGCAUGUUGCUUAACCCGAACAGGCUUCAGCCUUUGGUCAUGUCAUUAUCUCUUAAAAACUUAAAACUCAGUUAUGCUCCACAAUGUAGCAGAAGUCAAUCUCUUGUUUUUCUAUGUUUUUUUCAUAGUUAUCAAGGCGUUGCCUAGAUGUCCAAUCGGCUCAGCCUGGACCGGCGCCAUUGUUGCC